AUGACCCUCAACAUCACGAGGGUAGAAGACGAGCUGACUCGCCUUAAACAGGAGAUCCAUCAGUUUAUGAAGGAGCCUGUUCAGUUAGAGGCAGAGGUGGAGGCAGAGGUGGAGGUCGAAGUGGAGACCCAGGUAGAGACCGAGGUGGAGGCUGCAAUAGAAAGCAAGGUAGAGACUGCGAUAGAGGCUGCAAUAGAGACAGAGGUAGAGGCCGCAAUAGAAACUGAGAUAGGGACCGCGUUUGGGACCGAGAAAGAGACCCCAAUAGAAGUGUUAGUUAGCGGUGGAAGUGCAUCUGAACCUAAGCCAGAAACUGUAGACAUUAGACAGGUGCACAGGGCGCUAGGUGUGAACGUCAGGAGCCUGGUCCAACUGUUCGCUCAGAAAGACCAUGACGUUCAGGAGGAGAAACAACGCGCUGAAGAACUACAGGAGAAGACGAAACAAAAGGCUGCAAACUUCAGCUGGAAUCUCAAUUGGAGGAGUGAGAAAGACACAUCUGAGACAGCGCUGGUUCAGGAGGCUCCUGUGACCUCCUCCAGGGUCAUUAUGGGUUGUUCUACUGUUGUAUCCAUCUGGUUGGGACUAUGGUUGGGACUAUGGUUGGGACUAUGGUUGGGACUAUGGUUCGGACUUUGGUACUAUGGUUGGUACUAUGGUUGGUACUAUGGUUGGUACUAUGGUUGGUACUACGGUUGGGACUAUGGUUGGUACUAUGGUUGGUACUAUGGUUGGUACUAUGGUUGGUACUACGGUUGGGACUAUGGUUGGUACUAUGGUUCGGACUAUGGUUGGUACUAUGGUUGGUACUAUGGUUGGGACUAUGGUUGGUACUAUGGUUGGUACUAUAGUUGGGACUAUGGUUGGUACUACGGUUGGGAGUAUGGUUGGUACUAUGGUUGGGAGUAUGGUUGGGACUAUGGUUGGUACUAUGGUUGGACUAUGGUUGGUACUAUGGUUGGGAGUAUGGUUGGGACUAUUGUUGAGACUAUGGCUGAGACUAUGGUUGGAACUAUGGUUGGUACUAUGGUUGGGACUAUGGUUGGUACUAUGGUUGGGACUAUGGUUGGGACUAUGGUUGGUACUAUGGCUGAGACUAUGGUUGGAACUAUGGUUGGUACUAUGGUUGGUACUACGGUUGGGACUAUGGUUGGUACUAUGGUUGGGACUAUGGUUGGGACUAUGGUUGGUACUAUAGUUGGGACUAUGGUUGGUACUACGGUUGGGAGUAUGGUUGGUACUAUGGUUGGGACUAUGGUUGGGACUAUUGUUGAGACUAUGGCUGAGACUAUGGUUGGAACUAUGGUUGGUGUGACCUGUGACCCAUGUGACUCCGCUGUGGUGAGGAGUGGGCUCUCUGUUCAAUACACCAUCUUGGAGAAGAAGUGGAAAGUUGUUGACAGUGCGCAUGCGCUCCCGGGGAUUAAUGUCACGGCACAAAAGUGGCGCUGCACGGCUCGGUCUCCGGUGGUUGCCGUAGUGAUGGAUGGGGAGCUGGACUCGACCGCUGCCAAAGAGGAUGCCCCCUCCCCCGACACCAAAGAGGACUCUCCCAUGGAGAACGAUGAGGACGAUGACGUGGUCCUGGUGGAGGAGGAGGCCAAAGAGGGGCCCACCACGGAGGCUGCCAAUGAGGCCCCCAGCCCCUCCGCAUCUGCCCCGGGGCCCGCAGCCACACCCGCUGAGCCUAUAGUCAUCGACGACGAAGAGGAGCCUCAGCACAACUCCCCCUCAGCCAAAAGUCCCCCCGGUGGUCCCUCCCCUGCCCCCUCGCCUGCUGCCCACACCGAGCCUGACUCGGAGAUCCAAAUCGCCAGUGUGACCACGCUGGGCUCCGGACUGCUGAAGGGGGACAGCAGCCCGGCAGGAGAGCAGGACCAGGAGAAGGGCCAGGACCAUGCCCAGGAUCAGGGCCAGGCCCAGGACAUGCCUCUGAGGAUCACCUCGGUCACAUCUCUGCAGGAGGGACACUCGGACCCAGCUGCGGAGGUGGAGCACAGUGAGGAGAACGGGCUGCACAUCAGUAAUGCCUUCAGUCUAGACCCGGACCUCCAGGGACCAGUGGUGCACAACGGGGAUGCGGACCCCAACAGGACAGUUCUGUGGUCGUCGUCCGCACCGCAGAUUGAGAAACCCCUCGGAGCAGAGUCCACCAAAACCCAGAGCAGCACCGGCCCUACAGCCCCUGCACGCACUGUCAAGGUGACGUGUGCGAACUGUAAGAAGCCUCUGAAGAAGGGGCAGACGGCCUAUCAGCGCAAAGGCUCCACCCACUUGUUCUGCUCCACCUCCUGUCUCUCCGCCUUCUCCCACAAACCAGCGCCCAAGAAGAGCUGCACCAUGUGUAAAAAGGACAUUACCAACAUGAAGGGGACCAUCGUGGCGCAGGUGGACUCCAGCGAGUCCUUCCAGGAGUUCUGCAGUACCGGCUGUCUGGGAGCCUACGAGAACAAGCAGAACCCGCCCAAGUCCGGGGUCAAGACCAAGUGUACGGUGUGCGGCAAACUCACCGAGAUCCGUCAUGAGGUGAGCUUUAAGACGGUGACCCACAAGAUCUGCAGUGACACAUGCUUUAACGUGUAUCGUCGUGCCAACGGCCUCAUCAUGAACUGUUGUGAGCAGUGUGGGGACUACCUGCCCACCCGCAGCCCCUCGCACCACGCCCUGCUGGUGGACGGCCAGCAGAAGCGCUUCUGCUGCCACAACUGCAUCAGGGACUUCAAACAGGCUCACAAUAAACUGGCGAGCUGCGUGACGUGUAAAACGCUGAUCAAAACGGGGGAGGUCCUGCACAGCAUCGUGGCCAACGGGACGAUGGGCUCGUACUGCUCCAUCACCUGCAUGAACAAGGGCAAGACCACGGCCAGCGUCCAGAACGCAGAGCCAGUCUGUCACUUCUGUAAGCGGAAUGCCUUGCCGCAGUACCAGGCCACACUGCCAGAGGGCGCCGUGCUGAGCUUCUGCAGCUCCCAGUGUGUCACUAAGUUUCAGAAUACGGCUCUUCAAAGUGGCACGAAUGGUCAGACAGCGCCCUCUGCAGACAGCACAGUGCAGCUCAAGUGUAACUACUGCAGGGGAGUCUUCAGCCUGAAGCCGGAGGUUCUGGAGUGGGAGGAGAAAGUGUACCAGUUCUGCAGUAAAACCUGCUGCGAGGACUACAAAAAGCUGCACUGCAUCGUGACCUUCUGUGAGUUCUGUCAGGAGGAGAAGACUCUGCACGAGACCGUCAAGUUCUCUGGAGUCAAGAGGCCAUUCUGCAGCGAAGGCUGUAAGCUGCUCUACAAGCAGGACUUCAUAAAGCGUCUGGGGCUGAAGUGUGUGAGCUGUAACCACUGCAGCCAAAUGUGUAAGAGGGGCGUGACCCAGACCCUGGGGGGCAUGACCCGUGACUUCUGCAGCGACACCUGUGGACAGAAGUUCCUCGAAUGGUACAACAAGGCGGCGCGCUGUGACUGCUGCCGUGUGCAGGGCGAGCUCACAGAGUCUGUGAUGUGGCGCUCGGAGGUGAAACAGUUCUGUGACCAGCAGUGUCUGCUGCGCUUCUACCUGCAGCAGAACGAUCCCAUCAUGGAGACGCAGAAGGGCCCCGAGAACGCCAGCGCAGGGGUCAACAUCCAGAGCGCCAAGCUUGGGUUGUCCAGUGGGGUCAGUGUUGGUGUUGGAGGACUUCUGCGAGACGUGAAGAACAAAGCUGUGCUGUGCAAACCGCUCACUCUGACCAAAGCCACGUACUGCAAACCACACAUGCAGAGCAAGACGCUGCAGACAGAUGUGGACGACGGUGUGAAGAGGGAGUAUGUGCCCGUGCCCAUCCCAGUGCCCGUCUUUGUGCCCAUGCCCAUGAACAUGUACUCACAACUGACCCCAGCACCACUCACACUGCCUCUGCCGGUCCCCGUGCCGGUGUUUGUGCCCACCAACUUCCAGAGGCUGCACCAACAGCGCAACUGCAAGGAGACCAAACCAGAGGUGAAGCAGGAGCGCGCAGAGGAGGACCUGGACCUGGACCUGGACCUGGAGACUGACUUCUGCCCUGAGUCCUGCAGAGCCGAUGCCCCAGCCCCCGCUCCGUCGGAGGAGGAGGCCGCCUCGCCGCACCCUCAGCCCGCCUCCCUGGGCUGUAAGAAGCGUGCGCUGGAGGGCCCCUCUCCCCGCUGCAGGCUUCCGCUGAAGAGCCGCUAUGGCCUGAGCGCAUGGCGGCGCUGGGCCCAGGCCUCUGCCGGCCAAUCGGCACACUCCACACACAAGAGCGACUCUACAGCGCCCCCAGAGGCCAGCGGGAGCGCGGACUGUAAAGAGGCCAAACCAGAGAUCAGCAGCAGAAGCAGCAGAUGGGAGUCUGACCCGGUGCACAUCCCGUCAGAGCGCCUGAGUGAGGCUCUGUGCUCCUUCGUGAGGGAGGCGUGUCGGCCCAGCGGGGUGCGCUAUAGUGCAGACAGCCUCUUGUACCUGUGCCUGGGGCUGCAGCAGGUGGGUCUUUCUGUGGAACUACGGACUGCAACCUCCCACUUCCCUAGUCGAGGAGGAGGGGGAGGAGGAGGAGGAGGAGGAGGAGGGGUAAGAGGAGGGAGGGAGCGGGGUGAGGCACUGCUCUCUCUCCCACAUCUCUCACAUCACCUUCAGUCCAGAGGGCGAGAGGACGAGCUGUUCGGAGACGCCUGCUACCAGCCCUUUGUGGACGAGCUGUGCCAGGAGCUGAAGCGCUGGAAGCCCCAUGUUCUUCCCAAUGGAUCUCUGUGGAGCCGUGUGGACGAGCAGGCUCUAUGGAGUGGCCGGCUCCUGGGGGCCCACUCCCCGGCCUCGCUGCUCCGCUCUCUGGUUUACCUCAACACUAAGUACCUGGGGGCCCGCAGCGUGGAGCAGCACCUGAAGCUCUCAUUCAGCCAGGUGUACUCUCAGAGCCCGGGCCAGAGCCCGGGCCCCCACGUGCCUUCAGUCCCUCAGGACACUCCAGAGCAAAGCCAGCCCAGGAAGAGGAAACUGGAGGAAGAGAAGUGCUGCUCGGAGCUGAUGAGGCGCAUGGAGCAGCGCGAGCAACAGCUCUACCAGCUCUACAGGGACAAAUGCCCGCCGUGUGUGCGCCACAGCGACGCCCUCCUCUACCUGUGCCACGCCCCGCUGUGCCCGGAGCAGGACGCCGCGUGGUUCAGCGAGACGCCCCUCCAGCCCCAGGCCCUGGAGGAUCUCCUGAGCGCCGCCCUGGUGGUCCCCGAGCUGUGCGCAGAACCAGAGGAGUCAAAGGAACCAGAGGAACCAGAGGAACAGAGGGAGCAGGGGGAGAGGCCAGCAGAGCAGACCUAG